CCUACAUCCAAGUGUCUUCCAUCGCGCCUCGUCAGUCGUCACCAUCUAACCUGUCUUCAGUGUACUCAUUGUUUCUUUCUCUUCUGCUCUUGUCUGAGUGUUUAAGUGCUAACUGAACUGAAGUAUAGGAGAGGACUCAUGGAUCCCUCGCUGUACAAGGCCGCGACACGGGGCGACGUGGCGACCCUGAAGCGGCUGCUGGAGGUUGACCCAACCAUCCUCGACUCGAAGACGCCGCAGCUGAACACGGCGCUCCACCUCGCCGCCUUGCAUGGCCACACCGACUUCGCCGGGGAGGUCCUCAACGUGAAGGAGGAGCUGCUCGUCGCCAAGAACAACGACGGCGACAGCCCGCUGCACCUGGCAGCAAGGUACGGCGAGAAGGGGGUGGUGGAGCUGUUCGUCCGCCGCGCCCGGUCCUGGCCGCCGGAGGAUCCCACCACCGCCGAAGGGCCGCUCAGGAAUCCCCUGAUGAUGGCCAACAAGGCGGGCGACACCCCGCUGCACGACGCGGUGCGGAACCGCAGGAGCGCCGUGGCGCUGUUGCUGCUUGACAUGAACCCCGACCGUGGCCACGACCUCAAUGGACUCGGGGAGUCGCCGUUGGAAAUUGCUGCCCGCGAGGGCCUCGUCCUCGUCGUGGAAAGGAUUGUGAAGCAUCCAUGGGCUCAGCAGGUGUCCGUGAACCACCAUGUCAGAGGCACCGCUCUGCACCAGGCAGUACUCGGCCGGCACAUUCGAAUCUUAGAGAUUCUUCUGGAGAAGCGCCCUGAACUGAUCGACCUGACCGACUCUAACGGCAACAAUGCGUUGCACUACGCGGCUAAGAAGAACCACGCACGGGCAGUGGAGAUACUGCUUAACAAGCGGAUGAACCUGGCCUACAAGAGCAACCACGAGCAACAGUCCCCGCUCCACGUCGCCGCGCACUACGGGUCCACGGACGCCAUCACGGCUCUGCUCCGGUGCUGCCCCGACGUCGCCGAGAUGGAGGAUAACAACGGCCACACCGCCUUCCACGCCUCCGUCGUCAGCGGCAAAGCGAACGCGAUCAGGUGCCUCCUCCGGCGCGUCGUCCGCGCAAAGGAGGUUCUCAACCACGUCGAUAAGAACGGCAACACGCCUCUGCACCUCGCAGCCAGCAUGUCACAUAUCAAUUCCGCGUUGGUGCUGCUCAACGACGGGCGCGUCGACCCCUGCGUCCUCAACCGCGACGGCCAGACUGCGCGUAGCCUCCUCGAGAUCAGAGGUGAGAUGGAUGCGUACGAGUUGCACCUCUGGACGCAGCUCAUGCGGCAUGAGCCUAUCUGGUGCCGUAACCAGCCGGUGCCGCCGCUCCGGCGCCACAAGGGCUCCGCCUCCGCUCCGGGGGACUUUCGAGAGAGACUCGGGAUCCAAGUCAUCUUAGCAAGCCUCGUCGCCACCGUCAGCUUUGCGGCCACCGUGACCAUGCCUGGUGGGUACAGCCAGACCGAGGGCACUGCCAUCCACAGCCACCGCGCCGCCUUCAAGAUCUUUCUAGUCUCCAACACAAUCGCCAUGAGCAGCUCUAGCGUCGUGCUCUUGUGCUUCCUUUACCCAGUCAAGUACAACUCCUACAAGGUAAACCAAGUCCUGUGGGGCCAGAGGCUCACCUGCCUCGCCUGCCUCGCCAUGAUCGUCUCAUUCAUGACUGCCGUCUACGUAACCGUAGCGCCCACAGUACGAUGGCCUGUCGACAUGGCCAUUGCAAUCGGCGCCAGCACGCCGGUCCUCGUCAUCCUCAUACUGGGUCGGGAAGUGAUCUUCGUGCCACUCCAGUUCAUUUUAUCAAUUUUUAAUAGAUUCGUCUCGCAAAUUAACCUCCUAAUUAGUAUCUAAAUAUACGAUAUGAUAGAAAUUUAGGAGGUUCUAAAACACCCCCUUAAUCUUCUCUUUGUCAGAUCCAUUGCAAGUAUGUAACUAUGGACCAUUUUGUUACGUUGUUCCCUAUUACUGUCGAUCUUGCCAUCAGUUGAAAAAAGGACAAGAGCCGCGGGAAUGGGCAGGUUGUGCAUUCUACUUGGAGGUCGGCCUGUGUGCGGGCCGAAGCUCUCUAUUUGGGCUGGCUGGACCGAGGAGGACAAGAACACCGCCGGCCCAAACUAUGCCGAGUUUCCGGCCCAUGGGGAAAUAGGAAGUUGGAAGUUCCCCUUUCAAGCUCAUCAUUUAUUUCGUUUUGGCAUCCUCAUUUUCCCUGUUUUAUUUCAGCACCUCCUCAACUAUGCAUCUGAAUUAUAGCAGCUUCGCAUAUUUGCUUAUGAAAAGCAUGAUGCAGCAGUCUUGCCCGUAUAGAGAGCUACUGCCAACUGUAGCACUGUAGACACCCUGACGUGCCUGGCAUUUAGCCCUGUAGCGAAAUAAGCUAUACUGACAAUAGCCUGGCUGCUCUGUUGAGACAAAAACAGGUACCGGUGUGUACUGUGUUAGGACUUAGGACAGGGUCUAGUGACAAUCAGUACAGACCAGGUACC